CUCUCUCUUUUUAAAUCUCCCAUGUUUUUGUCUUUCUGAACAAUCAUCGCCAACCCUCCCGUAGGCAUUUUUUUUUUUCUUUUUCCACCCCCUCCAGUUAAAGGAUGCCGGAUCAAAUAUCGGUGUCCGAGUUUCUCUCGGAGACGACAGAGGAUUACAAUUCCCCGACGACGUCCAGCUUCACCACCCGCCUGCAGAGCUGCAGGAACACCGUCAGCGUGCUGGAGGAGGCGUUGGACCAGGACCGAACCUCCCUGCAGAAGGUGAAGAAGUCAGUGAAGGCGAUCUACAGUUCAGGUCAAGACCACGUCCAGAAUGAAGAGAACUACGCCCAGGCUCUGGACAAAUUUGGUAGCAACUUCAUCAGCCGGGACAACCCGGACCUGGGGACGGCCUUCGUCAAGUUUUCCUCGCUCACCAAGGAGCUGUCUGCCCUGCUGAAGAACCUGCUCCAGAGCCUCAGCCACAAUGUGAUCUUCACCCUGGACUCGCUGCUGAAGGGCGACCUGAAAGGAGUGAAGGGGGACAUAAAGAAGCCCUUUGACAAAGCGUGGAAAGACUACGAGGCCAAGUUUACGAAGAUCGAGAAGGAGAAGCGGGAACACGCCAAGCAGCACGGGAUGAUCCGCACCGAGAUCACCGGGGCCGAGAUCGCCGAGGAGAUGGAGAAGGAGCGGCGUCUCUUCCAGCUCCAGAUGUGCGAGUACCUCAUCAAAGUCAAUGAGAUCAAGACCAAGAAAGGAGUGGACCUCCUCCAGAACCUGAUUAAGUAUUACCAUGCACAGUGCAAUUUCUUCCAGGAUGGCUUGAAGACAGCAGAUAAGCUGAAGCAGUACAUCGAGAAGCUGGCAGCUGAUCUCUACAAUAUCAAACAAACUCAGGACGAGGAGAAGAAGCAGCUGACCGCUCUGCGGGAUCUGAUCAAGUCUUCCCUCCAGCUGGACCAGAAGGAGUCUAGAAGAGACUCGCAGAGUAAGCAGGGCGGCUACAGCAUGCACCAGCUGCAGGGGAACAAGGAGUUUGGGAGCGAGAAGAAAGGCUACCUGCUGAAGAAGAGUGACGGGCUGAGGAAGGUGUGGCAGAGGAGGCAGUGCUCGGUGAAGGGAGGCAUCCUCACCAUAUCUCAUGCCACAUCCAACAGGCAGCCGGUCAAACUCAACCUGCUCACCUGCCAGGUGAAGCCCAGCGCCGAGGACAGGAAGUGCUUUGAUCUCAUUUCACAUAACCGGACAUAUCAUUUCCAAGCUGAAGAUGAACAAGAGUUUGUGAUCUGGAUCUCGGUGCUGACCAACAGUAAGGAGGAGGCGCUGAACAUGGCGUUUCGUGGGGAGCAGAGCAGCGGCGGCGAGGACGGCCUGGAGGACCUGACCAAAGCCAUCAUCGAAGACGUCCUCCGCAUGCCGGGCAACGAAGUCUGCUGCGACUGCGGCGCCGCGGACCCGAAGUGGCUGUCGACCAAUCUGGGGAUCCUCACCUGCAUCGAGUGCUCCGGUAUCCACCGAGAGAUGGGAGUCCACAUUUCCCGGAUCCAGUCCAUGGAGCUGGACAAGUUAGGAACCUCAGAACUCUUGCUGGCCAAGAACGUAGGCAACAGUAGUUUCAAUGAGAUCAUGGAGGGAAACCUCCCUUCCCCGUCUCCAAAGCCCACUCCCUCCAGCGACAUGACGGUGAGGAAGGAGUUCAUCAACGCUAAGUACGUGGACCACAAGUACGCCAGGAAGACGUGCACGUCCGCCGCGGCCAAAAUGAUCGAGCUGUUCGAGGCGGUCCAGUCCAGGGACCUGCUGUCUCUCGUUCAGGUUUACGCCGAGGGGGUGGAGCUGAUGGAGCCGCUCCCGGAGGCCGGACCGGAAACCGGAGAGACGGCACUGCACUACUCCGUGAGGACUGCCGACCAGACCUCACUGCACCUGGUGGACUUCCUCGUGCAAAACAGCGGUAACCUGGACAAGCAGACGGAGUGGGGAAACACCGCCCUGCACUACUGCUGCAUGUACGAGAAGCCCGAGUGCCUCAAGUUGCUCCUGAGGGGCAAGCCGGCCACCGACAUCACCAAUCAGAACGGAGAGACGGCGCUGGAUGUUGCCAGGCGACUGAGGAACACUCAGUGCGAGGAGGCGCUGGUGCAGGCCGCUGAGGGGAAGUUCAACCCUCACAUCCAUGUGGAGUACGAGUGGAGCCUCAGGCUGGAGGAGAUGGACGAGAGCGACGACGACCUGGACGACAAGCCCAGUCCCAUCAAGAAGGACCGCUCCCCGAGGCCCCAGAGCUUCUGCCACUCCUCCAGCCUCUCCCCCCACGACAAGCUGUCCCUGCCGGGCUUCAUCAGCCAGAGGGACAAGCAGCAGCGGCUCUCCUACAGCGCCUUCACCAACCAGAUGUACAGCGUCUCCACCGACCUCAGCUCCUCCCCGGUGGCCGACGGGCCGCCGCUGCCCCCCAGGAACCAGGGCAAAGCUGCCCCCCCAUGCGGCCCUUCCUCCACACUCACACCAGGAGGCAGCUCUACCCUGUCCAAGAAGAGACCUCCGCCCCCUCCUCCUGGACACAAACGCACCCUGUCUGACCCACCCAGCCCGCUCUCUCACAGUCCACACAGUAGAGGGGGCUUAACUGGCUUAACUGGGGGAAGCGACUCCACUCCUCCUCCGGUCAGUAAGAUGUCUCCCGUUUCCAACAAGUUUGAAGGCAUUCCUCAGCAGCAAAGCACUACUUCAAGCAACACAAAGUCUACACUUGGUCCAAGGGUUCUUCCCAAACUACCUCAGAAAGUGGCGUUGCGUAAGAUUGAUACCAUACACCAUCCAUCGAUGGAUAAGCCCAGCCUUCCUCCAGAGGUCUUCCAGAAGUCCCCGCCCGCGACCGAGCCCACGCAGAAGGCUCCCCCGGCGGAGAGGCCUCAGCUGGGAGACCUGCCGCCCAAACCGCAGGUUUCCGAACUGCCCCCCAAGCCGGGAGAGCUUCCGCCCAAGCCGCACCUCUCAGAUCUUCCUCCGAAGCCUCAGCUGGGAGACCUGCCGCCCAAGCCCCAGCUCAAAGACCUCCCCCCCAAGCCUCACCUCGCAGACAUCCCCCCCAAGCCCGGGACCGCCGAGUCCGCUCCCAGGCUGUCUCACGGAGAGCCGACGCAGAGGCCCCAGACACAGCCGCCGCCGCCGCCCCAGACUCAGCCUCAGCCGCAGCCUCAGCCGCAGCCGCAGCUUCAGGACUCGCCCUCACCCAACCAGCAGCCGCCUGCUGUGACCCCGUCUCAGCCGCAUGGCGAGGACACCAACGGGACCCCAGCAGGAACCGCAGAGACCCCCGUACCGCUCCCCAGGAAGAUCAACACGGGGAAGAACAAAGCCCGUCGAGUGAAGACGAUCUACGACUGCCAGGCCGACAACGAUGAUGAACUGACGUUCGUUGAAGGAGAGGUGAUCAUAGUAACAGGGGAAGAGGACCAGGAGUGGUGGAUCGGGCACAUUGAAGGAGAUCCGGACCGGAAAGGGGUCUUCCCUAUGUCUUUCGUGCACAUCCUAAGUGACUGACAACCAGACAGACUUGCACUACACCUCUCAGUGAAGUGAGAGAUCCUGUAAAUAGCUAUAAUAACACCUCUUGUCAUGAGACAAGUGUCCUAAAGAAGAAGAACAAAACAAAACAAAAGAAGCAACAGCAACGAAACGAAGAAAACCAAGAAGGCUCAUCUGGCCGUGGAUGCUUCAUCCAUGCUGUACAAAGAAUGUGUGUACUCUUCCUCUACCAGUAUUAUCUUAACCCUAUAGCACGGCUGCGACAGAGCCACUCUCAAAACCCUAGCACUUACCUAAAAAGUCUAUGUUUAUGCUGUUCCUGUGUAUAUAUGUAUGUAAAUAUAUAUAUUUGUGUGUGAGUGUAUAUACAUGUUUUAUUGUACAAAACAUGUACCAUUACUCUCUGCCUGUCAGAUUAAGCAUCAGGGUGGUAGAGUUUGAAUUUUAUCUGUAUUAAAUUUUUUCUGGCCCUCGAGUAAUUAUCAGCUUAUAUUUCUGGGAAAAGGACAAAUAUGAAAUGGAAUGUGAAAUAGGUCAUGUCAUUAUUUGUGUCUUUGCAUCCUUGUUUACCAUCAUAAUAGACCGAAGAGGCAGGAAUCUCCCACUGAUCUUCCCGAGGUGAAAAGAACUUCAUUAAAUGUACUCCUUGUCCUUUGCUUGCUUUGUGUGUACACGUAUUCUGGUUGUUUUACAGUAUAGAAACCUGCUGCUACUGUGUGGUGGAAUAUCAAAGCCUGUGGUUCACUGUAGGUCACUAAUUUACUCCUUGUUACACUGUUCACUGUAUGUAUGCUCUGUGUGUGAACUCGACGCCAUCUCCGCAGUCCGUUGGCUUUUUUUUUUUUUCCUUUCUGUGCAUGGUGUAACAAUGACUGGAAAUGAGUGGAGUGCUGCAUUCAAAGACGCUCACCUCAGGGUUUGAAAAGCCACUAUUGAAACUAAGCAGGACUACACAAAAAGUAUCCUGUUGUUGAAGCCACUAUUGAUAAGUACGGAGGAAAACUUAGGACAUCUUAGCAAUAACUUGAUUUUCUGACAGGCUAGAAGUUUCACAACAACCUGUGUUCACGAUUCAGUGUCUUGUAAAACCUCAUGAGCUUGAAUUUUUUUUUUUUUUUAGUUUGUCAUGUAAAAUCAUUCCAUGUUACUGGAUUCAGUGUAUUUCCAGGUUUGCCUGUGAACCAGAGAUGUCUUUUUAGAU